AUCUCGGGCACAGGACCUUCCAGCAUUCGAUGCACUUCUACUGUUCACAUAAAGAAGAAAGUCAGUGAUAAUGGAUGAACUUGGGGGAAGCACCCGUCCACCAAGGAAGCAUGAUGCAUCGUCAGUACUGCCAGCCCAGCAAACUUCAUGCAGGACUGAAGAUCCAGAUCAACCACCUUUGGCGGAGCCCUCCACUAGUGGUUGUACCCCACCAAAGAGGGGUACAAGGAAGCAUGAUGCAUCGUCAGUACUGCCAGCCCAGCAAACUUCAUGCAGGACUGAAGAUCCACAUCAACCACCUUUGGCGGAGCCCUCCACUAGUGGUUGUACCCCACCGAAGAGGUUGAAAGUCACGGAGGACGCUGGCACCAGCGCAAGAUAUACUGCGAGGGUGGAUGGACAUGGCUGUGCUCCGCAGGGUCCGUCGGCUGAGGACGGAGCCGACAGCCGAGAAAAGGGAUUCGACGAUCGUAGAUUGAUGGACGCAAUAGAAGGACAUGCCUUGAUCAUCGCCAUUGAGAAAGAACAAGCUGAUGUUGUAGAACAGCUUUUAGAACAGGGUGCAAAUGUUGAAACAAAGGGAAACAAAAACUGGUCUCUGCUUCAUUUGGCAUCACAAAGUGGACAUGGUCGUAUUGUGAGCCAACUGCUGACUAAAGGAGCUGAUAUUGAGGCCAAGACAAACCUUGGUCUUUCUCCUCUUACAAUAGCCUCAAAACACGGACAUGAGGUGGUGGUUGGUCUUUUGUUAGAUCAGGGUGGAGAUAUUUCAGCAAAGGAAAAGCGAGAUUGGUCUCCGAUUCACUUUGCAUCACAAAACGGACAUGAGAACGUCAUCAAACUUUUACUGGACGGAGGUGCAGAUAUUGAGACAAAGACAAAUGAGCAACGCUCUCCACUUUUAUUAGCAUCGCGAUAUGGACACGAGACGAUUGUUCAACUUCUAUUAGAUAGAGGUGCAGACAUUGAGGCCUACUCGUACCGGGGGGACACACCUCUAUCCAUGGCAGCGCAUCAUGGGCAUGAGAAUGUCGUUAGACUUUUAUUAGACAGAGGUGCAAAGAUCGACACCCAACAAGUCCAGGGUUUCAGUCCUCUUGCAAUGGCGGCUGUCAACGGACACGUAAACGUUGUCAAACUUCUACUAGAUAGAGGUGCGCAGAUCGAGUCUAAGAACGUUACAGAAUGGACCCCAAUUCAUGGUGCCGCAUACUUUGGAAAGUUAGAUGUGAUGCGUAUAUUACUUGAGCGGGGGGCCGACAUCGAGAGUAAGAACGACCGGGGGCAAUCUCCCUUAAACCACACGGCUACUUUAGGCAAAGUCGAUGUUUUUGAAUUCUUGAUCCAAAAUGGUGCAGACUGCCACAGCAACGACGUGGAUGGGUUUUCACCGUUGGAAAAUAGUAUCAUACACGGCCAGGUGGACCUCGUCAAAUAUUUACUGACAAGCAUCACUGAUGAAGACCAGGUCAGAAAUCUGAUGGGCAAAUUGACAUUUGCUGCAAAAUAUGGCAAAAAAGAUGUUAUCACCUUUAUGGCGGGAUUGUUCAAACGAUUUCAAUCGUUUCAGGAGGAACUUCUGUCUUCCAUGGCAGCAGCUAUUUCUCACGGACAUUUUGAAUGUGUCAGAUUGCUUCACUCAUUAGGGGCAACACCCCACUCCAUAGGACGUGACAGACUCAUGAACUGUCUCACAGAAUGUGGAUCAGUGGAUAUUCACCUGUAUCUCUUGGUUGCAGGGGUGGACCUAGAUGCGGUGGACACCAGCGGUUACAAGGCACAUGACUAUCUAUAUUGUAGUAGCAGAAUUGAUUGGGACAUCUUCAAGAAUGCUCUUUCACCUCGAGUACAAACUUCAGUGACUGCAAACAGAGAGAAGAUCCCAACCACAAGUUUGGUUGACUUCCCUGGCCUCGGCUCCAUUCGAAGUCUACCGCUUGAUAUACGAAGCAACUUGAAGCGAACAAUUCUUGACAACGUGACGAGGAUUACAGAAAAAACAAAGGAACGCUACUUGAUGACAACGAAGGAAAUAGGAAGUAUGGCGGAAUCAACGAAAGUGGGAUUCCCUGAUGAAUUUGAUAUCAUAUUACAAGAUACUGAGACUUUUGCCCCAGACGGACUUGUUGAUGUUGGGCAUGGUUACAAAAGGUACGACAGUGACAAAUGUCACAUGAAUAGUAGUAAGACUUUCCACACCGAUACCUGGGUGUACCUUAAACCUAAAGAUGACACGCUGACCUCAAUGCCGACAGGUGUAGCUGGUGAUGGUGCUGCUUGCACUUGCAUCAAAAUGCGAUACCAGGAUGAAGAAAAUAGACGGCAGGGCCUAAUGGUGUCCGUCGACCUCGUCCCAGUACUUCAUUUCGCUGACUGGCCGAGCAAUGCGAUUCAAAGCACCUGGAUGAUGAAUUCAGAAGAGUUGAAAGCACAUGGGUACCAGCUUGUAGCCAGGCCUCCACACAAGAAUAGCUCGUUUGGUCAAAGCUUUCAUGGAGCCGAACGCGAGCGACUGUAUCGGAUCACAUUCUCCCUACUUGAGGUAAAGCACUUCAAGGGUCUUGAGGACAGGGUCAAGGAUGCCUACAUCUUGACGAAAUGUCUCCGGAGCCCAGUGGUGUGUCAGGUGGUGGUCAGAGACGAAGGUGUGGUACACUUUGUCGGUGAAUUUAUCACCAGUUACUUCCUCAAGACCGUCUUCAUGCACAAUGUGGAGGACUUCCGCAACCAUGAGCGACCACUUGUUGAGAUGGCGUACAUUCUGUACUCUCAUCUGGAGUACUAUCUGUCUCAUGGGUUCAUCCCGAUGUUUUGGAUGCCCAAGAUCAACCUCCUCGAAGGGGUCGAUAUCAAUGCAGUCAAAUGUCACAAGGUGGCAGCACAUAUGAAGGCUCAUGUUGGUGAACGCUAUCGAGAGGAACUCCAAAGGGAACCCCCUGAAGAUGUGAAUGAUAAUGUAGUGAUUCCAUCAGACUUCCCAGUCAUAGACUUGGCUGAAGCAUCAGGAACAGACAUUUUACCAUUACCCUUGAGGAGCCUCAUAGCCUAGUAGUUACAAGCUUGCUGGCUACCAUGCCUCCAUGGCCUCUAACCCAGGAAUGUAUGUCUGGAUGAACUGGGUGACUUCCCAGGAACUAAAAUUCCUGGCUCUUCAAAGUCCUUUGAAUGAGACAUAGAACAGAGAUUCGUACCUGGUCCGAGAAAAACACCCACCAAGUGAGAAACAUGAGUAGCUUGCAUUGGGCUCUCCCUCUGGCCAAAGACAGAGUCAUAAGGUCAAUAAACCCAAUUGGCACCUAACCAUAGUGGCACGUUAAAACCCUCAUUCAGACUAUUCCGAUUGAUGCCCCAAUGAGCUGUUAUAGUACGGUAGUUGGAACGCCCUGUGUUUGGGUAAUCUUGAGUUGAUCAAUAAUAUCAACACAUGCUGUAAAGCUAAAAAUGGACUUUUCAAAUCUUAAUAAGUUAUGUAACAAUCAUGAUUAAAAUCAA